AUGAAGGCAAUGAAUUUGGAUGCUUACCGAUUCUCCAUCUCCUGGACUAGAAUCUUUCCACAUGGCAGGAUGCAGGACGGAAUCAAUGAUGCAGGAGUCCAGUUUUACCACAGCCUACUCGAUAUGCUCAUUGAAAACAAAUUGGAGCCUUAUGUGACAAUAUGGCAUUGGGAUACCCCUCAAGCCCUGGAAGCGGAGUAUGGUGGAUUCUUAAGCCGAAACAUUGUGAAGGAUUUCAAGGAUUACUGCAACUUCUUGUUCAGCGAGUAUGGCGACAAAGUGAAGAAGUGGAUCACUUUGAACGAGCCGAUGGUCCAUGUUCAGCGAGGCUAUGAUGAAGGGCUGCACGCACCGGGACGCUGCUCCAGUUGGGCAAACAGAAAGUGUGUAGCCGGAGACUCUGCAACUGAACCUUACAUCGUCACCCACAACCUCCUUCUUGCUCAUGCCGCUGCCUACCGUUUGUACGAGGAAGAGUACAAGGAUGAUCAAAAAGGGGUUGUCGGGAUCACCAUAGUCACGUUCUGGUUCCUUCCAUAUAACCCUGAUGCUAUAGCGGAUCGUUUUGCUGUCGACAGAUCUCUGGACUUCAAUUAUGGCUGGUACUUGGAUCCUAUUCAUUAUGGUCGCUACCCAAGAAGCAUGGUGGAUCUAGUGGGACCUCGUCUGCCAAACUUCACAAACCAAGAGUCGGACAUGCUCAAGAAAUCGUACGAUUUCAUAGGCCUCAAUUACUACACCACCUAUUAUGCCAAGAACAACGCCGACUUCGACCCUGUGCAUCUUCGAUACACUCUCGACUCCCACGCCAUUACUACUCGUACGUACUCCGAAUUCUUUGCUGCAUUGAUACAUGCACUAUAUAACUAUUGUAUUAAACACGCUUUUGACUACAUUGUUUGUUUUUUUGGUUUCACUUCGCGGAUGGGUUCCACAUGGCAGUAUAAGUAUCCUGAGGGGCUCCGAAAUCUUUUGAAUUACACCAAAAACACGUAUGAAGAUCCUGAUAUUUACAUCACCGAGAACGGAAUGGGGACGCAGGAGGACCCUGAACAGGAACUUGAAGAGGCCAUAGCCGACACCAUGCGGGUCGAAUUCUACAACGACCAUCUCGAGAGCAUUUACCAGGCCAUUAAGGAGGAGAAGGUGAAGGUGAAAGGGUUCUUCGCGUGGUCGUAUGCCGACAACUACGAGUGGAACGACGGGUACUCGGUCCGGUUCGGGCUCAACUACGUCAACUACACGGAUCGCACCAGGUGGCCUAAGCACUCUGCUUGCUGGUACUCCCAUUUCUGCCGCCGUGAAGAACCCAAGGACGAUAACAAAGCUGAUAAACGCCAGCACUUCUGCCGCCGGAGGUCGCAAGGCUCCCCGCAGCGCUGCAGCUUACGCUAA